AUGGCUUCAAUGGGAGCUAAAGUGUCAUUCGAUGACGAAAAAUGUGUUGUUUCCAAAGAAGAAAAUAAAUUCGUGAUUGGUAAAUUGGUAGAUGAUAUGCUGUAUACUGUUAAUCCAGUUGAAUUUGCCCAUCCUACAACUGAACCCUUGGAUAUGUGGCACCAGAGAUUUGGUCAUCUAAACAAUGGAUAUGUUAAUCAACUGAUGAAGAAUGAUAUGGUCACCGGAAUGAUGUAUGAUGAAAGUAAACAAGUGGAGAAAGAUUGCAAAGGAUGUUCAAUGGGAAAGAUGCACAAGAAUCCCUUUCCAAAAGCAAGUCUACAUAGGGCAAGCAUACCUUCUGAAAUCAUACAUACUGACAUAUGUGGACCAACGCAAUUGCAAGUUGAGUCGAUUGGCGGUAGCCGUUAUUUGGUCACAUUUACUGAUGACUAUUCCAGAUAUGCUGUUGCUUACUUUAUUAAGAAGAAAGAUGAAGCACUUACUAAGUUCAAGGAGUUUGUGAAUUAUGUUGAAAAUCAAGAUGGAAAUCAUAAUAAAGUGAAGAUUCUGCGCAGCGACAACGGCGGUGAGUACAAAUCGAACAGUUUCUCCAAAUUCUGUACAGAGAAGGGCAUUGUCCAACAAUUCACUUGUCCUUACACCCCUGAACAAAACGGUGUGGCAGAAAGAUUAAACCGUACGAUUUUAGAAUCUGCAAGAUCCAUGAUAUAUCAUGCAAAUUUUCCCCUAGUCUUCUGGGCUGAAGCGUGCAAUACAGCCGUGUACCUACAUAACCGAAGUCCUACAGUUGCAUUAAAGGACAAAACCCCUCAUGAAUGUCUUUUCGGUGAAAAACCAGAUGUUUCUAAUCUUAAAGUCUUUGGAUGUAUGUGCUAUGUUCAUAUCCCGGACAGUAAUCGUAGAAAAUUAGACCAAAAGUCUUAUGAAGCUAUAUUUGUUGGCUAUCCUACUGGCACAAAAGGAUACAAAGUUUAUGAUGUUAAAAGAAGAAAGUUCAUAAGUCGAGAUGUUCAAUUCUUAGAGAAGAAAUUUCAUAAUUUUGAGAACCCAAAGAAUGACUUUGUGUUCGAGCAGCAAGAGAGAAUUGAAGUUCUGGAUGAUGAAAAACAAACUGUUGAGUUAUUUGAUCUAGAUAGAGUUGAUGAUGAACUUGAUCAAACCUUCAACGAAGAUCAGGAUGAGUUCAGAGUUGAUCCUGUUGUUGAAACAAACAUUAACUUGAACGAAACCAUGGAGCAGCCCGUUAAUCCCGAGAACGACGAACCAGUGGGAGAAAGUGAAACCCCAUCUACUUCGAAAACAUACGAAGAGCGGUUUAUGGAAAACGUGAAAAAUUUAGGUCCUGUAAGAUAG